AUGACCGAAGAAAAGGAGUUGAUCAAAAAACGAGGUAGUUUUAAAGGCCGUUUAACUGCUUUCAUUAGUUACGUGGAUUCGCUUACCACACCUUUACAAAAUCAUGACGCGACGGAAUUGGAAUUGCGUAUGGGUAAGCUGGACACAUUGUAUAAUCAAUAUGAUGAGGUGCAGUUACGCUUAGAAUGUAUUGUCGACAAGCCCGACUUACAACUAACUGAGCGUUCAUGCUUUGAAACUCAGUAUUACAAGGCGCUAGCUAAAGCUCAAAUUUUACUGAGCGAUCACCAUAAUGCUAACUCUGAAUCGGCAGGUAGUGACAAGAGUUCUCGAGUCAGUAAUCAUAAGUUUGUUAAGUUACCUACUAUACAGUUGCCAAAAUUUAGUGGAUCAUACGAGAACUGGUUGGAGUUCCAUGAUACCUUCAGUAGCCUUAUUCACUCUAAUGAUGAAAUCGAUGAAAUUAAUAAAUUUCAUUAUUUACGCGCGUCUCUCGAAGGGUCUGCUGCUGUGGUAAUUCAAUCAUUCGAGUUUUCUGCAAGUAACUAUACAGUGGCAUGGAAUGUCUUAUGUGAGAGGUUUAGCAACAAACGAUUGUUAGUUCAAAAUCAUGUGUCAGCCUUAUUUAACCUUGAAACGAUUACAAGGGAGUCGUCUGUAACUUUAAAGCGCUUAAUCGAUUUAUUAAGUAAAAACCUAAGAGCAUUAGAAUCGUUAGGUGAACCAGUUCAGUAUUGGGACACACUUCUAAUUUAUAUAGUUACACAUAAAUUGGAUCAGAAAACCUACCGUGAGUGGGAGGAGUUUAAAGGUCAUUUAAAAAAGGAUGAAUCAGUUACAUUUAAUAUAUUCCUCCAGUUUAUGCGUAGCAGAGCUGAUCUACUCGAAACUUUAGAGACGUCGCGUAAUUUUCACUUUGCACCGAACAGGCCGAGUCCUAAAUUAAAAUCUAUGGUUUCGGUGCAACAAUCGAAUAUUCAUAAUAUAAACUCAAACAAACAAUUCAAAGGUUGUUAUAACUGUAACGGCGAUCACAAUUUAGGUAGCUGUCCGCAGUUUCUUGCACUCAGUAAUGAGGCUAGAUUGAAAUUAUUAUCAUCUUACAAGAUCUGUUAUAAUUGUUUUAAGUCAGGACAUUUUGCAAACCAUUGCAAAAAGCCAGGGUGUAAGAUAUGA